UCAUUUAAUGUUUUUUUUGGUGUUGUUAUAAAUUUUUCUUUUUGAGUUAGAAUUGAAUUAAAAAGUAAAUUAAAAUGAUUUCACUAUUAUUUAUCUUGGUUGUUAAUGUUGUAUGCAACCACGGUUAUCUAUUAAAGAAUUCAGAUGAUUCUACACACUGGGAUCAUUUAUCAGUAAAGUUUUUGAGUCGCUAUUCUAUUCCGAUGAACAAAGAUAGUGCAUUAAAAGAUGGUUGGGAGUUACACUAUGAUGGUUGUAAAGAAGACAAUGAAGAAACCUUUAAAGGUCAAGUAUACAAAAGAAGCAAUGAUGCAAAUACGCUAAUUAUAUUUGAUGUUAAUGGUUUAAUAGGAGGAAUUCAAUUAGCUAUUCCAAAAGAAACAAAAGUUGCGAAUAAAUGGAUUGGCAAAGCAUAUUUUCAAAUUGGAAACAUAUAUUACAUCACAGCAUAUUUUACUGACAUUUCCAAAAUGUGUAGAAUAGAUAAUAAAAGAGAUAAAAAAUCUGUAGGAGACAAACUAGUAAUAUUUAAUGGUAAAAACCAAAGUAUGGAAAUACCUUUGCACGAAAAAGACCUAUUAGGUACAAAAUGGGUCAGUGGAAAGUGCUUUUUAGGAAUGGGUCAACACUAUUGGUAUGGAAUCAGUAAGGAUAUGGAUUGUAACGAUUUCUUUCCAGUGUUUCUUUUGUAUAACGGUAACCAGCUGGAUGCUUUUGGAUUUGCAACUUAUGGUGCAUUAAAUGGAAGUCAUCUUGAGCACCCUCCAAAUAGUUUGAUUUCUCUUUUCUUCAAAAGCGAAUCUUUUCCAAAAUGUCUUCUAAAUCAAGGCGCAUUCUCUACACAACAUGUUUAUCUUAAUAAUAAAUGGAAACUUUGUUAAAAAAGAACAGUGUUAAAAUUUUUUUUGAUAUAAAUAACAUUUAGUUUGUA